AGGUCAAAAUGGGCGUAGGCCAUUCAUCUCCUUCCCCCUCACUUUCCUUCCGCAAUGACACUUGCUUUGCACCUACCACUCCUUGUCCUUUCAAAUACAGAUCACAAUCCAAUCCUGUCUUUAAUUCCACCACCAUUAAUUUCUUUCAGACCCAUCUCAGAAAACCCACCAAAACCACCAUGGCUCAAUCCUCAUCUUCAGCAUUUUCGCCUGUCAAUUGUGGUAGAGUUGAAGAAAUCACAACCCAGGAGGAAAAUUCUAUAAAACCCAUGUCUCAUUUUGAUUCUAUCGACCCAGAAUUGCUUCAGAGGAUGGUGUAUGAUGCUCUGGUUUGGAGUUCUCUUCACGGGUUUGUUAUUGGUGACAAAAAUGUAAAGAGAUCAGGAACAGUGCCUGGUGUUGGUAUGGUUCAUGCCCCAUUUGCCUUAUUGCCCACCUUGUUCCCAGAAAGUCAUUGGAGCGAAGCAUGUGAGUUGGCCCCCAUUUUCAAUGAACUUAUAGAUCGUGUGAGUUUGGAUGGCAAAUUCCUACAGGACUCGCUCUCCAGAACAAAGAAAGUGGAUGCUUUUACCUCCAGACUCUUAGAUAUUCAUUCCAAAAUGCUAGAAAUCAAUAAGAAAGAGGAAAUACGCUUGGGUCUACAUCGCUCUGAUUAUAUGCUGGAUGAACAAACUAAAUCACUUCUCCAAAUAGAGCUGAACACAAUAUCAUGUUCAUUCCCUGGCUUCAGUUGUCUUGUUAGCGAGCUUCAAAGGAGCUUGCUCAAUCAGUUCAGUGAACACCUUGGAUUAGAUUCUAAAAGGAUUCCUGUAAACACUACCGUGAGUCGGUUCGCGGAAGCAUUGGCUAAUGCUUGGACUGAAUGCAAUAACCCAAGGGCUGUAAUUAUGGUUGUAGUUCAAUCCGAAGAACGCAACAUGUAUGACCAACUCUGGCUUUCUACCGUACUGAAGGAAAAACAUAAUAUCACAACCAUUCGGAAAACAUUGGCAGAAAUUGAUUCGCAAGGGGAGCUUCUACCAGAUGGAACACUUCUUGUAGGUGGUCAAGCAGUUACUGUUAUUUAUUUUAGAGCUGGAUAUGCCCCAAAUGAUUAUCCUUCAGAAUCAGAAUGGAGGUCCAGGCUAUUAAUGGAGCAAUCAUCUGCCGUCAAAUGCCCUUCAAUUUCCUAUCAUUUAGCCGGAACCAAGAAGAUUCAACAAGAGCUUGCAAAACCCAACAUACUUGAGAGGUUUCUUGAAAAUAGAGAUGACAUUGCCAGACUACGAAAAUGCUUCGCAGGGUUGUGGAGUCUGGAUAACUCGAGUAUUGUAAGGGAUGCAAUUGGAAACCCUGGAUUGUUUGUUAUGAAACCACAAAGAGAAGGCGGAGGGAACAAUAUCUAUGGAGAUGAUGUGCGGGAAAAUUUACUGAGAUUGCAGAAGGAAGGGACUGAGGAAGAUGCUGCCUACAUACUCAUGCAAAGGAUUUUCCCUACUGCUUCUCCCACAUAUUUGAUGCGAGAUGGCAUUUGCCAUAAAGAAAAUGCUAUAUCAGAACUUGGGAUGUACAGUGCUUAUCUAAGAAACAAAGAUAAGGUGAUUAUGAAUGAUCACUGUGGCUACUUGAUGCGGACGAAGGUUUCUUCAUCAAAUGAGGGAGGGGUUGCAGCCGGGUUCGCAGUUUUGGACAGUUUAUAUUUGGUUUGAAGGAAAUUUUUCUUCAAAUAACUCCAGUUGGGUAAUCUGAAACCCACACUAUUUGUAAACCGAUCAUAUGGAAUUUUCAUCUGGCUAUGAUAUGACUGGAUCGAGCUUCAGAAGACAAGAUUGCUUGUUGUUUACCUUCCUUUUCAUUUUAUUUUCUUUUCUUCUCAUCCAGAGAAGUUACUACAGGACUGAAUAUAGGGCUUCCCUCUAUUUCCCUCUUCCCAUUUGCAGUUUAGUUGCAGUUGGCUAUAGACAUACCAUCAUUUCUUUUGUAAUAAAAUGCACAAUUCUCCAGGUUUCUGGUGAUUGCAGUUUGUGUAACGGGGGAGGGAUCUGCUAUACACAUGAUGUAAGAAUAACUUCUUAUUGGAUCCAAUUUUGGUAGUCUUAACUGUUUGAUUAAA